CGCGAAUCGGCAACGCAGAAAGCUGAAGCAACAAGACUCGCAAUCACUCGCAAACACCAGCUUCGGAUAUCAACUAUCGAAUCUGAAGAAAGAUGCAGGCUCCUGUAGUUGUUAUGAAUGCCGGCGGAGAGCGCCAAACGGGAAGGCGUGCGCAGAUUUCCAACAUCACUGCUGCAAAGACUGUGGCUGAUAUUAUCCGGACAUGUCUGGGCCCCAAGGCUAUGCUCAAGAUGCUGUUAGAUCCUAUGGGAGGAAUUGUUCUCACUAAUGACGGACAUGCUAUAUUACGCGAGAUCGAGGUUUCGCAUCCUGCCGCUAAGAGUAUGAUUGAGCUCAGCAGAACACAGGAUGAGGAGGUUGGCGACGGCACCACGACUGUUAUCAUUCUUGCUGGUGAGAUUCUCGCGUUUGCGUAUCCUCAUAUCGAGCGCAACAUCCACCCCGUCGUGAUCAUUUCCGCCUUCAAGCAAGCUCUUGCUGAUGCUCUUGAGAUCAUCAAUGAGAUUUCCGUGCCUGUGGAUGUGGAUGAUGAGGAGCAGAUGCUCAGUCUGAUCUCUUCGUCUAUCGGCACCAAGUUCGUUUCUCGUUGGAGUCCGCUUAUGUGCCGAUUGGCAUUGCAGGCUGUGCGGACUGUGGCUAUUGAGACGAACGGUAGACGGGAGGUUGAUAUCAAGCGAUAUGCGCGUGUUGAGAAGAUUCCCGGUGGAGAGAUCGAGGACUGCAAGGUUCUUGAUGGAGUGAUGAUCAACAAGGACGUUACUCAUCCCAAGAUGAGACGGAGAAUAGAGAACCCGCGAAUCAUCCUGCUUGAUUGCCCGUUGGAGUACAAGAAGGGAGAGUCGCAGACGAACAUUGAGAUCACAAAGGAGGAGGACUGGGCCCGUAUUCUGGAGAUUGAGGAGGAGCAGGUGAAGCUUUUGUGUGAAACCAUUCUCUCGUUCAAGCCUGAUUUGGUCAUCACCGAGAAGGGAGUUUCUGAUCUUGCCCAGCACUACUUGUUGAAGGGUAACGUGACUGCGCUUCGUCGUGUGCGCAAGACCGACAACAACAGAAUUGCGCGCGCGACCGGUGCGACUAUUGUUAACCGGGUCGAUGACUUGCGCGAGACUGAUGUCGGCACAAAGUGUGGUUUGUUCAAUGUUGAGCUGAUUGGAGACGAGUACUUUACGUUUAUCACCGAGUGCAAGGAGCCGACUGCGUGCACGAUUAUGCUUCGCGGACCCAGCAAGGAUAUCUUGAACGAGAUUGACCGUAACUUGCAGGAUGCUAUGUCGGUUGCUCGCAACGUCUACUUUGAGCCCCGGUUGUCGCCAGGAGGAGGAGCGACUGAGAUGGCGGUCAGUGUUUUGCUCGCAGAGAAGGCAAAGAGCAUCGAGGGAAUCACUCAAUGGCCUUACCGAUCUGUGGCCGAAGCCAUGGAGGUCAUCCCGCGCACGCUUGCUCAGAACUGCGGCGCCAACCCGAUCAAGGUUCUCGCCGAGCUGCGCGCGAAGCAUGCUGAGGGCAAUCAUACGUGGGGUAUCAACGGUGACACAGGCAAGAUUGUGGACAUGAAGGAGUACGGUGUCUGGGAGCCGGAGGCGAUCAAGCUGCAGAGUAUCAAGACUGCUAUUGAGAGUGCGUGCCUGCUUCUCCGAGUGGACGAUAUUGUCAGUGGAGUGAGAAAGCAGGAGAGUGGUGCCGCGGCCCCGCAAGGCGGACCCCAGGGCGGACCUCCUGGACCUGAGUAGUUACGUGGUUUGAGAAUUUAAAGGACAGCGGUUCCAGUAUAUAGUCAACUCAAGUUCGAAUGUGUAUUUAUUAUUAGUUUUGUAUUGCCUACGGAAAAUGUAUUAUCGUCAAAAAUAUUG